AUGUUAGCAAUUAUCACUAUAUUACUUUUACAGUUAUAUUUGCACAGUCAUGUGAGAUUAUUUUCACAGUUGCAACUGUUAACUGUUUCUAUUUGUACAUUUCAGAGCAUAAAUUAUUCUUCAGAACGUCGCAAGAAAAAUGCUUUUAAAACUUCGUUGUGUCGGUCAUUUCGAGAAGGUCUUGCAUGUCCAUAUGGUGAUGAGUGUGUAUUUGCUCAUGGAGAAGAUGAACUUCGUCUUCCACCUCAGGUAGCACAUCCAAAAUACAAAACUCAAUUGUGCAACAAAUUUUCGGUCUGGAAUUACUGCCCGUAUGGUGCACGUUGUCAGUAUAUUCAUCAGCAUUUUUCUCUCUUCCACUUCGUUGUCGCGUCUUCCAGUUCAUCUCUUAGUUGGAAACAAAAAUAA